GACAGCGGAGGAAAGGAGCACGUAACUCUAGAGCUGCACCCAGCUGGACGCGAGCUGUGAGAGGUGAGCGAUGGGAUAGAACGGUGCUGCUGGCGCACGGACCGCGCGCAGAGCCUCCCUCUCCACCAUGCAGAGCAACUGCUCCCUGGUCGUCACCCCCAGAGGAAGCCUCCAAGUGCUCUACGCAGCCCUGACAAACGCAUCGGCCGCGGCGCGCUCCCCCGCUCCCUGCCCGCUCACCUCUUCAUGGUACCAGUUUUCCCUCAUUCCAGCGCUCUUCUCCGUGGUCUUGGCGCUGGGGGUGGUUGGCAACAGCGUGGUGGUUGUGGUGCUUUGUCGGCACAGCGGCCCCAAAACAGUCGCCAACAUCUACAUUCUCAACCUGGCCGUGGCAGACCUGCUGUGCCUCGCCACCCUUCCCUUCUGGGCUACCUACUAUGCACAGGGCUACAACUGGCUCUUUGGGUCACUCAUGUGCAAGAUCUCCAGCUCUGUGCUGUGCUUGAACAUGUUUGCAAGUAUAUUUUUCAUCACCUGCAUGAGCGUGGACCGGUACCACGCUAUUGUCCAUCCUAUGCACUCUCAAAGGAGAACUCUGCAGAAAGCUUAUUUCACAGCACUGCUUGUGUGGGGCCUCGCCUGUUUGUCCUCCCUCCCAACCUUUUAUUUCCGGGACACCCACUCCAUCGAAAGCUUGGGGGUCAAUGCUUGCAUCAUGGCCUUUCCUCAGGAGAGCUACGCACGAUGGGCUGUGGCAACAGCCUUCCUGAAGAACGCACUGGGCUUCUUCAUCCCCUUGACGGUGAUCACCACGUGCUACGUGCGGAUCAGGAAGCCCCUGCUCAGAGCACGGGAGUUUGGGAAGAACAAGCAGAAGAGGGACAGAGUCCUCAAGCUGGUGGCUGCUGUCGUCGUGGCCUUCUUGAUUUCCUGGCUCCCGUUCCACGUUUUGACGUUUCUGGAUGCCUUGGCUCACAUGAGCAUCAUCAGCAGCUGUGCGGUGACAGGGCUCAUCGACACAGCGCUGCCGUUCGGCAUCUGCAUGGCCUUUGCCAACAGCUGCAUCAACCCGCUCCUGUACUGCUUCAUCGGGAACCAGUUCCAGGAGAAGCUCCACCGCUUGUUCAAGCGAAGGGUUUAUCAGUUCAACAGCCACCGGGAGAGCUCUUCCCUGAGGAAAGGGAGCUGCUUCAGAGAUGCUGAGACCCCUGUGGGCAGGGAAGGGGAACCCAAGUCCCUGCUGUAGGCAUCAGGGCAUGAUGUGGGUGAUGUCGGUGAUGCUCCUCUGUCCUGGUCCUCUUGUGCCCAUUCAUUCACCAGCAGUUUGAAGAAUCCCUUUUUCACAUGUGGAGAUUUAUUCUUCCUUCCUUUCCACAAGGAGCACUCCACAGAGGAAGACUCUGGCACAUAAAUGUUGUUUUAAAUACCAGCUUGUGCAUGGCUGAGAUCAGGCAAGAGUUUAGUGCAACACCAAAAGACAAAACACACCAAAGGACCAUUGCACAAUAGCUAUAAUUGUGUAGGUGCUGAGUAUUAUACCCUAAGCUGGUUUUCUAAAAGAGAUUCUCACUAGAGAAUGUGUAAAUAAAUAAAGCAGUGUGGAUACCUCUGUAUGUAUCUGUAAGAAAAUAUUGUGACCUGUAUUUUAUAUAUAUAUAUAAUU